GGCACAUCCACUUUGAUUCCAAUCCACCCUGGGAUCUUCAUCAAGCCACAUCCGUUGCCGAAUGGUAAACAAGUCGCAGCCAUUUACCGUCGAUGUACGGAGUAGCACCACCGCAAUCCCACGCAAUCCCACUUGUCUCUCUUCUCUCCAUCACUGUCACAAGACUCGAUCUUACUCAUUCUAUACUUCUCAACCAGAAACCCGAGCUGACAAUGACUGCCUCCAGCGACUGCACUCGUUCACCUUGUGAACUAUGAAGCCACCACCUGUCCAACACUCCAACCCCAAGUCAAACAAGACAUUGAAGCGCAAAAGGCAGUCUUCCAAUUCACACGAUCUAUCCCCCAAUAUCCUCUCAAAAGGAGUCGCCGAUAAUCUGGUCUACUCUACUCGAGACAUUCCCUGGGAAGAACAGGUGACCCUUGGUCAACGGUUCAGAGAAUCAGGUCAAAACGCCUGGCCGGUGCGUUGUAUAUUACAAGAGCGUGGAACAGGCAAGAGCAAGAGAUAUCUAGUAGACUGGCUACAACAUCCCCUAACCGGCGAGAGAUUCGAGCCAACUUGGUGUCCAGCCUCCGACUUAGGCGACGAUCUCCUCAACGAGUGGAAUAAGAGACAGUCUCAAUCAUCUACGCUAGACACCACUUCGCUCUCUAAUGGACUACACGACUCUCAGAACAUCGAUGAUUCAGCGCACUCGACCAUAAAGUCAUCUAAAAGCGGUACCUUGGCGCCUUCCUCUAUAGAGAUUGCAGAAACUCCGCAAGACAUUUCGCAGCGUACUCUUCCCACCCCACAAAACACCAUCUCUGUGAGCAUCCCGACCCCGAGCAUCAACAAAUCAGACUACGAAUCUCUUCCAAGCAGCCAAAUCGCCGCCGAUCUUGGGCUACGCGAUCCCGAUCCGCCACCAGACGCAACACCAGGCCCUCACAUUCGAAGGAGACGAGCUCCAGUUCUGUCAGACUCUUCCUCUCUAGCUAUACCCUCACGACUGCCCAAUAAUAUCAAUCAUCUAUCCCAAGGGAGCCUUAACCAAGUACACGCCAGCCGUCGUCCAACGCAUCAGAAAUCUAUUUCCUCACCAUCUGCCCAUUCCUCCUCUAGGGCUCCUGCCCCCCGAGCCAUCUUUGAAGACCGAGAUUCAGAGUCAUCCUCUGAAACAGGGAGCUUUGCUACUCCGGAAUACGUUCCAAGUACCCAAGGAGGCCGUCAAGCUAGUGUUGAAUUAGGAUCUGAUCCAAUUGUUCUGCACUUCUCCACUCCACUUCUCUCGCCAGAUCUGGCAGAGCAAAGUGAUAAACUCCACGAUAUCCGUACAUCGACACAAUCGACUACGGUAUCGCCUCUAUACACUACUGGUGCUCCUCCUUCACCAUCAGAUCGUUUCCUUGCAACACAGCCGUCUGCACCAUCUCCGUCUUGGCAUUUUCAAACACAGCUCCCUCUAUCAAGCAUUUCCUCGAUCCCACAACAAUCACACUCGCGAGACCAGAGAUUAUUCGAGGCAGGCAGGACCUUCAUACAAAUAAUGGACAACCAAUCCUCUCAAGCAACCGACUCGAUAGAUAGUAGUGCCGCAGGAACGGUGCAUCCAAACGAAAGCACUCCACAGUCAAAGCCAAGCUCGGACUCGAUGCCGGCGGAUACCUCUCCCGUCAUCAGGACCGUCAAUCCUAACGCUGUGUUCAAGAAUGGUUACUCGUCUUCGAUUGACGACAAUUCUGCAACAGAACCUGCACUUCCUAUUCAAGAUUCCAUCGAAGACGAGCAUCUUAACGAAGAAGCUGAAUCUUCUGAUUCCAAACAAAGCUCUAGUCAACAGUCCGUGGAAAACGAACAAGAUGUUGACCACGUUGACGGUCUCAUCCUGCCUACCGUGCCAAUUGUCGGUCCUGCCCAGUAUUGCCUUGCUCUUCCUGCUGAGGGCAAGGUACAGUCCACGUAUUUUGAUAUCAUGAAAGCGAAGCGCAAGGUCAUUUCCAAGUUUAUCAAUCGCCAUGAAGCGAUCGGAUCCGGUAAUGGAUCUCCUAACAGGACCCAUCAGCGAAACGACAUCGUUGAGCUGGUUCAACGUCUACAUGACACCACCACCCAUAUUGAUCUCGGACUACCAGGCUUCUCCACACAAUACUCACUUGACUCCCAAGAGCAUGCCGCCUACGCCAAUUACGCCGGAUCCAAAUUCUCCUUUCUCGGCCAUUUAGUUGAUGUCCUCAAACCUGUCGAGUGUACUAUCGUUGUCAUGGCGCAAUCUGGCCCUAUCCAAGAUUUGUUGGAGCAGUAUUUGACCAUGAAACAUGUCAGUAUCAAACGACAUCACCCAUUGUCCCCUUCCGAGUCGCCAGGUUCAGAACGUUCAACAAGCGAAUUUGAAGUGGAGUUAGUCAGCACGGUGACCAGCUACGAUGUAACCCUUCGCCGCAAGCCACCCCUGAUCAUUGCCUUCGAUGCUUCAUUCGAUGCGCAGGAUCCACGGGUUCGUCGCAUGCGCACCGUCUACUCUAAUAGAAACAAUCAGCUCAUCCCUGUGUUGCACCUGUUGGUUGCCAAUUCUUCAGAGCACGUGGAUCUAUGUAUCCCCAAGAGUAUGCCUUCUCCACUACGCCUGAAGUUGCUCCUGCGCGCAACCUGGCAAGCUCGACCAAACUUGGGUGGUAAAGUCACUUAUAUCCCCAAUGCCUCGGAUGGACCAGAUGGCCGACCCAUUGACAUGGCCGACUUCCAACGUGCGGUCAGAAAGAGCCCAGAACGCAAACUUGUCAUGCUGGCCAAUCUCAUUGCUCGAGCCGCCGUUUCAUUAGAUUUUGAUUCACACUGGCCAUUCACCACGAUGCCAAAGCUGGAACUCAGUGAAGCUGAAGAGAUUCCGAUCAUCAGUAGUGGUUUUACAAGCGUCGCCGAAACACCUCGAGAACCUUUGGUUUCGCAAGCUGAGAUGCCGCUUUCUCGAGCAGACACGCCGUCUGGUAAGAAGAGGCUCUUGGAUGUGGAUGUUCCCCAGCUUUUGAGCAAGCGACAACGUCUGACUCCAACACCAUUGCGAGAGACUGUAGAGGGUGCCGCCACUCCAUUGUCUCAAGCCGAAAGUCUCCGUGAUAUUGUCAGCAGGCUGCAAGCGGAUCUUCUCCUGGAAAAGACUGCUAGGAAAAAGGCCGAGGAAGAGCGUGACGAGGUAAAGGGGCUACUAGAUCAGUGGAAACGAGACCAUGCCAACCUCCAACGACGUUACGAGAAGAGGGUCAAGCAAUCACAUGAGUUGACGGAUAACAACAAGAAGCUUAUGCAGACCAUUGAGAACAACAAGUCUCGUCAAACCAAAGCCGCAGAGGACAUCACGACGUUCAAAGAGAAGGUGAAAGGGUUGCAGGAAGAAUUGACAAAGGCACGCGACGAGAUCAAAGCUGGAGGAGGGGAUGGUGCUUUGCUGGAAGUUGCCAGAGAAGAGGCACGUACCCUGCUAGCGAAGAAGAUUCAUCUGGAGAAAUCGCUCGAGAACACGCGCAAGGAUUUCGAAUUUACUCGGCAACAGUACCAGAAUGCCUCCAACAAGGCUGUUGAACUCUCGAACCAGGUCAGGGACCUUGAAGAGCAAGCGAGCAAACUCAGUCAAGAAGCCAGUACGGAGAAGCGUCGUCUCAAGGAGACCAAUUUUCAAGAGACAAUCAAGCGGCACACGGCGAAAGUGCAAGCGUUAGAACUGGAGAAUCGAGCAAGGGAUAGUAUAUUGAAGAAGUUGGAAGAGGAAAACCGACAGUUGAAGAAGAGCAGAGGAGUUCAAACCCGAGGAAGCAGUGUACAGCCACCUGGCAGUCCGAGCAUGGAUGUUCCAGGACGUGGGACUCGGUCCAGACAAGGUAGUCCGGCACCUGGCUUGCUUGGACAACACCACGGUACCGGGACCAAUCGAGGAAGCUUGCUGAGACAUGAGCGUUAGCGUAUAUGAUGCAGCUUUGUCACCGAUCGAGAACAUGACAAGUGGUGAAGGUUGUGGUGGGAGAAUGUCGGUCAGUGUUUUGGACAGACGCAGAGCAUAGAGCAGUAGAGUUGACAAGAACAAUUACAAUUACAACAAGGAGAACAAACUGCAAGGCAUAAUGCGUGGAUGAAUUAGCUGCAUAGUGAUGUUUGGAAC